AUGGACCCACCAUCCGGACCCAAGUCAACCUCCGAUGUCCCCCUACUCGCCUCACUCCCACCACUCCCAAUUCCAACCGGAGCGGAACCCUCGAGGAACGUACUAGACGCUUUCAGGACAGCCGUCGCCGUACAGGUAGCCGAGAUUCUCAACCUGCCUCACUCCGAUCCCGCCGACCUCGAACGGAUCUGGGCGGGGGUCGAAUCGGGGAAGAAGGAGGGAGGAGACCUGACGAUCGCAGUACCCAGGUUUAGGAUCAAAGGAUCAGACCCCAAACAGUUGGCCAAAAAAAUUCAGGAUGAGUUUCAAACCAAUGAAUGGAUCCAAUCCGCCAAUGCCGAGGGAGCCUUUGUCAAGUUCCAGAUGGACUCCAAGACUCUCUGUCGAACCGUCCUCCACCAGGUCAACGAGCUCACACAUCUCUCAAACACCGGCGGAGGCUAUGGGACUAACUCGUCCGGAAUUGACCCUUCAACCGGCAAGAAGAAGAAACUCGUCCUCGAAUUCUCCAGUCCGAAUAUCGCCAAAAAAUUCCAUGCCGGUCAUCUCAGGAGUACCAUCAUCGGCGCCUUCCUCGGCAAUCUACACGAGGCUAACGGAUGGGAUGUGAAGAGAAUCAAUUAUCUAGGUGAUUGGGGUAGACAAUUCGGCGUGCUAGCCGUUGGUUUCGAGCGAUAUGGUUCAGAACAAGAAUUAUCCGAACAGCCAAUCCAACAUCUCCUUGAUGUGUACACCAAGAUCAAUAAAGACAUGGAAGGAGAAGAGAAAGAGGCUCUAGAACAGAAGGCACGAGACUUCUUCAAGCUGAUGGAGGAAGGAGAUUCAACAGCUGUAGCACUAUGGAAGCGGUUCCGAGACUACAGUAUCAAGCAGUACGAGCAGGAUUACGCCCGGUUGAAUAUCAAGUUUGACGUGUACAGUGGGGAGAGUCAGGUGACACACGAGAGCAUGGAUGUGGCACUGAAAGUGUUGAGGGAGAAGGGCAUUGCGAUCGAGGAUAAGGGGACCCUGAUCUGUGAUCUGGAUGCCUACAAGCUUGGCCGGACGGUGAUCAGGAAGAGCGACGGGACGAAUCUGUACAUCACCAGAGACAUCGGCGAGGCUAUCCAACGGUACGACAAGUACCAGUUCGACAAGAUGAUCUACGUCGUCGCCUCUCAACAAGACCUCCAUCUUGCCCAGUUCUUCAAAGUCUUGGACCUCAUGGGAUUCCCCUGGGCCAAGAAACUCCAACAUAUCAACUUCGGAAUGGUCGCUGGGAUGAGCACUCGAAAAGGCACCAGCGUCCAUCUCGAGGAUAUGAUGAACGAGGCCCGUAAUACCAUGCACGAACAAAUGAAAACUAACGUCGAUAAGUAUAACGAGAUCCCUGACCCGCUUCGGACGGCCGAUGAAGUCGGAAUCAGUGGGAUCAAGAUUCAAGACAUGGCUGGAAAGAGAAUCAAUGGCUAUGAGUUCAAAUGGGAUCGUGUGUUGUCAUUUGAGGGAGACACAGGCCCAUACCUUCAAUAUGCGCAUGUCCGACUAUGUUCGGUGGAACGGAAAGCGGCGCCGACGUAUGUCUUACCAGAGCCAACAAAGAUUGCUGCGGAGAUCGAGACGUCGAUUUUGAGUGAGGAGGCGAAGGCGCGGGAGCUCGUCGUGCUGUUGAGUCUGUACCCGGAUGCGGUGAAGACGGCCUUCUCGAAGCUCGAGCCCUCGUCGAUCGUCACCUAUUGUUGGCGGCUCACCCAUGCCGUCAGCUCUGCCUGGGAGACCCUGAUCGUCAAGGGCCAGGACCAGCCCACCGCACUCGCCAGACUCUGGCUCUUCAGGUCCUGUAAAGACGUCCUUGCUAGUGCUAUGAAACUGCUCACCUUGGAGCCCCUCGACCGCAUGUAA